ACAACCCACUGACAACUCACUGACAGCUCACUGACAACCCACUGACAGCUCACUGACAGCUCACUGACAACCCACUGACAACCCACUGACAGCUCACUGACAACCCACUGACAACCCACUGACAACCCACUGACAGCUCACUGACAACUCACUGACAGCUCACUGACAACUCACUGACAACUUCAUAUUUAAAUUACAGAAAAGAAGGAAGACAAUCUCACAGGAAAAAUGACAAAACGCCAAACAGCGCUCGCGCUCUGCACGCCACAGUCGCUCCUCCACCGCGCAUGCGCAGAGAGAGAGAGAGAGAGAGAGAGAGAGAGAGAGCACACCCCCGCGCUAUAGUACCAGCGGAACAGACGCAGCUCACGAGCGCACAUCCGAACUGUAAAGGCGAAUGUUCCCCGAGCAGCGCGUGACGGAGUGGCGGAUGUUGGUGAGAAGAGCAGCGCGUGGAACUGAUUCUGUACUUUGGUCUGAAGUUGUUGUUGUGUCCUGUGCAGGUACUCCAUCUCCAGCUCCACCUUUUGGAAUGGCCAAACUCAAUGAGUCUGCUGCUCUCACCUGCCACGGGAAAUGUCCUGGUACAGCCCGGUGGAUCAUGAGCGAUAAGAGACGCACUGUGGCUCAGUGUAAUCAGACAACGUGUCUCGCUGAGGAGGGAUUUAACAUCACUCAUGCUCAGUACCUGACAGGAGAUCUGUCUCUCACCAUCACUGCAGCUGAUUACAGUAAGAGGACCUGGUACACGUGUCAGUGUGAUGGAAAGGAAAUCUGUCGUCUUUAUCUUCGCAUCGAGCGUAUUAACUGUAGCAGACAGAUCGAACAUGGAGACUCCUUCACUGUGGAGUUCUUCAUCUCGGAGCGAGUGAAGGUCACGUUUAACAGGACGGAUGAUGAUGGAAGGCAGAAAUCUGUCACACUCUACGAAAGCAGUGAGAAGAAAGUUCACUAUCACCCAGACUAUGAGAAGAGAGCCUUGUCCAAGUCCUGCUUUAUUCUGAAUGAUGUGAGAGAGUCUGACAGCGGUGUGUACACUGUGUGGGACGCUGAUAAUGAUGAGAUCAUAGCUACACACACACUCAGUGUUACAGCAAAGAAGACAGAUGAAAAAGUCUUGCCUCCUGUGAAAGGUGAACAUGUGUACAGCAGCUGGGUUGUUGGACUCGGGUUCUGUCUGGGUUUGGUGAUUGGCAUUGUCCUGCAUCGGUUUGUCUUUCCAUUUGUAUUAAAAGGCUGGGAUUGGGUCAAGAGAAAAACGACAAAUGCUCACAGCACUGCGGAGGAGAAUGAUGCUUCUGCUGAAAAAGCUCCGCUGAGCACGUCUUCUGUUUAAGGUCUAUAUUCUGGUUGCAAUAUUAGCUGAAUCAGGCAAUCGGAUUACGGUGUUUACAUGACUCAGUACUAAUUAGAAUAUUACCAAAUUCCAAUUCAUAUCAGAGUAUUGAUGAACAAAAACCUGCUGCGUGUCUGAUUUCAAGCGCGAGUGCUGUCUUACGCAUGCAGCCCUGGACUCGGACCAGCCUGAUAAACGCCCAAAUGUGCAUCACUGAGUUUUAAAUCUGUGUUCUAACGUAAAGUAGUUUUGUGGACUGUAACUGAAUGUAAAUAUUUGUGGAAAAAAGAGCUGGAUUGCUCAUUAGGGAAAAAUUCACAUAUUUACAAUUUAUUUAGAUUUCAUUUAUUUCAAAUGUACAGUCAGGUCCAUAAAUAUUGGGACAUCGACACAAUUCUAACAUUUUUGGCUCUAUACACCACCACAAUGGAUUUCAAAUGAAACGAACAAGAUGUGCUUUAACUGCAGACUGUCAGCUUUAAUUUGAGGGUAUUUACAUCCAAAUCAGGUGAACGGUGUAGGAAUUACAACAGUUUGCAUAUGUGCCUCCCACUUGUUAAGGGACCAAAAGUGAUGGGACAGAAUAAUAAUCAUAAAUCAAACUUUCACUUUUUAAUACUUGGUUGCAAAUCCUUUGCAGUCAAUUACAGCCCGAAGUCUGGAACGCAUAGACAUCACCAGACGCUGGGUUUCAUCCCUGGCUUCUACUGCAACUGUCUUCAGUUCCUGCUUGUUCUUGGGGCAUUUUCCCUUCAGUUUUGUCUUCAGCAAGUGAAAUGCUGCUCAAUCGGAUUCAGGUCAGGUGAUUGACUUGGCCAUUGCAUAACAGUCCACUUCUUUCCCUUCAAAAACUCUUUGGCUGCUUUUGCAGUAUGCUUUGGGUCAUUGUCCAUCUGCACUGUGAAGCGCCGUCCAAUGAGUUCUGAAGCAUUUGGCUGAAUAUGAGCAGAUAAUAUUGCCCGAAACACUUCAGAAUUCAUCCUGCUGCUUUUGUCAGCAGUCACAUCAUCAAUAAAUACAAGAGAACCAGUUCCAUUGGCAGCCAUACAUGCCCACGCCAUGACACUACCACCACCAUGCUUCACUGAUGAGGUGGUAUGCUUAGGAUCAUGAGCAGUUCCGUUCCUUCUCCAUACUCUUCUCUUCCCAUCACUCUGGUACAAGUUGAUCUUGGUCUCAUCUGUCCAUAGGAUGUUGUUCCAGAACUGUGAAGGCUUUUUUAGAUGUCGUUUGGCAAACUCUAAUCUGGCCUUCCUGUUUUUGAGGCUCACCAAUGGUUUACAUCUUGUGGUGAACCCUCUGUAUUCACUCUGGUGAAGUCUUCUCUUGAUUGUUGACUUUGACACACAUACACCUACCUCCUCGAGAGUGUUCUUGAUCUGGCCAACUGUUGUGAAGGGUGUUUUCUUCACCAGGGAAAGAAUUCUUCGGUCAUCCACCACAGUUGUUUUCCGUGGUCUUCCGGGUCUUUUGGUGUUGCUGAGCUCACCGGUGCGUUCCUUCUUUUUAAGAAUGUUCCAAACAGUUGUUUUGGCCACGCCUAAUGUUUUUGCUAUCUCUCUGAUGGGUUUGUUUUGUUUUUUCAGCCUAAUGAUGGCUUGCUUCACUGAUAGUGACAGCUCUUUGGAUCUCAUCUUGAGAGUUGACAGCAACAGAUUCCAAAUGCAAAUAGCACACUUGAAAUGAACUCUGGACCUUUUAUCUGCUCAUUGUAAUUGGGAUAAUGAGGGAAUAACACACACCUGGCCAUGGAACAGCUGAGAAGCCAAUUGUCCCAUCACUUUUGGUCCCUUAACAAGUGGGAGGCACAUAUGCAAACUGUUGUAAUUCCUACACCGUUCACCUGAUUUGGAUGUAAAUACCCUCAAAUUAAAGCUGACAGUCUGCAGUUAAAGCACAUCUUGUUCGUUUCAUUUGAAAUCCAUUGUGGUGGUGUAUAGAGCCAAAAAUGUUAGAAUUGUGUCAAUGUCUCAAUAUUUAUGGACCUGACUGUAUCUAUUUCUGUAAAGCUUCUUUGUGAGUAUGUCCAUUGUUGAACGCGCUAUCAGUAGCAUACGAGCUGCAGCAUUAGUAGUAGUAUAUUAGUAGCAACAGCAUUUUGUCUUCACACACUGACAGUACUUCUGUAAGGGUUUUUUUUUUUUUAAAUUAAAAUGUGUUUUUUUACUC